UCAAAGAAGUCGUUCACACCCUGUGUCGACCUGUACGAGUUUACAUCAUGGCUCCUCAUGGUAUCGCAGUUCUCUCUUUGAUAGGGAUAGUGCAAAUUGUUAUUGGCCAGCAACCUAUGUUUGGGUGGCAGGGAAACCAGAACCCUGUCGCACCGCUAAUAAGAGGGCUGGACGUUCCCCCCUUCCAAAGAUUGGGGUUCGGUAGGGAUUCUUUCUUUGGAGAUAGAAAUGGUUUCGGAAAUCAGGAAGAGAUAACUGUGUACACGUGCAUAGGACGGAAUACCAAUGGGGAUGAAUUGAGAGUGACAUUCCGUGAUGGGGCAAGACAGAACAGAUGGGGUGGGGGAUGGUUUGACCGUCAACGCGUCCAGAUGGAGGCCCGAGUGAGCGUUUCCGGUCAGUCACAGACCAGAGGGCAAUUCCAACUGAUUGCAACCGAAUACGGACGUGUAGAGGACGGCUGUGUAAGCCAGGCACUCGGAAACAUCAUCGACAACGCUCAGAACGUUUGGUUCGCACGCAGAAGACCGAACUCAGAGAUUGGAAUACUUGGAGAACCAUUCACACUGGCUCCUAACCAGGGACACACAUCCACCACUAACAUCGAGGGAUUCGCCAAUGCAGCGGCUCUUAAUGGGCACGGACUAGCACUGUGUGCAACCAGAGGUUUAAGCGCUGGAUCGUGUAUCAGUAUCAUACCACUGUGCUGCAAGAUCGGCCGUGAUGCCAAAAGGGCCACAGAGCUGAUCCAACCUAAUCCUGGCUUUGGAGGGGGUUUGAAUGGCAACAACUUAUUUGCAAGUUCUGCUGCUAUGCCAGGUGCUAUGCCAGGUAGUAUGCCAGGUGCUAUGCCAGGUGCUAUGCCAGGUAGUAUGCAAGGUGCUAUGCCAGGUGCUAUGCCAGGAUCAACCGGCACUGGAGGACUUCCAGGAACUACUGGUACCACUGGAGCUGGUGCUCCUCAGUUCCAGGCAUUAUUUGGGGGCGCAUAAAAUGGAACAAGAAUACAUGGGACACAUAAAUACUUAAAACAGUUUGAGUAUUGCAAUCCCGUCAACUACAAUGUUCAGGAUAACCAUUUCGACCUUCAGAAUCAACAUUGUAGGAGAAAUUCGUGAAUGUGGGUAUUUUCUGAUUAAAUAUAAUGAUCAUCUUUCUUAACAAUAAAACGGUUGGUGAAUAUUUUAUUGAAUUUUUAAAUUAAAAUCAACCACAUACAGUUGAAUCUCGUUAAUCUGUUACCUGAUAAACGAAUCGUAGGUAUCGUACAAUGUCCCUUUGAAUAUAUACAAAGGUUGACUGUCUGUGUUUUCUGGGAUACCAUAAUGGUACACCAGGACCUUUUCAGGACAUAGCCAUCGAUUUUAAGAAAGAUGAAUAUGUAUAGGAAUAAGUCCACUGGAAUAAAGUGUCACUGUACCUCUAUUCCAGUUAGAUGUCUUCGGCGUUUACAGAAUGUUUUACUGUAAAAACAUCUAGAUGUUUCAGAUUCAUUAACAUGGAACUUGGAAAAUUAAAAUAACAUUUCUGAAAAAAA